UGUAACCAGGUCUGGUACUAGACACACCCUAUUUUCAAAACAUAAAAGGAGGAUGUUUGCAACUGGCUUAGCAGAGCAGCACCGUUGCACCAGGACUGCUCACCAGAGAAGACAAGAUAGCCUUAAGAGAAAGCCCAAACAUGGGGGAUAAAUUCCUGUUGGUUGUCCUUUUGGCUUCACUUUGUUUAGUGUAUUGUCAGCCCCAGUCAUUCAAUGACAAUUCACAGCUCAAUCUACCAGCAUCGUACAAGAAUGACUGGAUGAAAUCCAUCUCUAACAACAAGAAAAUCAGCCACAUUACCAUUCCUGGAACCCAUGAUGCCAUGGCUCGGCGUGGUGGAAUCUCUGGAGGCAUUGCUAUUUGCCAGGUCUGGUCAGUGGAAGAUCAGUUAAGGGCAGGUAUCCGCUAUCUAGACCUCAGGGUUAAAGAUAACCUCCAAAUAGUCCAUGGAAUUAUAGAUCAGGGAAUUACAUUCACUCAGGUGUUAAACGCUGCCCUAAACUUCCUAAAUCAGCACAAGAGUGAAGCUGUUCUGCUCAGGGUAAAACCAGAGGGCAACAACAAAAAAAAUGUUCAAGUGGAAGUUCAAAAAGUCAUUAAAAACCUGGCAAACGUCUGGGCCAAGUCAGACGUACCAAGUAUGGGUGAGGCAAGGGGAAAGGUUAUUCUGCUGCAGAAAAAUGAGUUUAAACUAGGUCUGAAGUCAUCUGGUACUGACAAAAAUGGGGACUAUAAAGUUUGUGAGUAUGAGAAAAAAAUGAAGAAAAUUAAAGCACAUUUGAAUGAGGUUAACACAAUGUGUAAGAACAAUGAGAACAGUGACACUGUCAUUGUGUCCUACUCCAGUGGAACAGGUGCACCGUAUGGUCUGCUGUGUAAUACACCAAAAGAAGUGGCGAAGCGCAUCAACCCCUGGUUGAACACACACCUGGGUACUCUUGAUGGACCUUGUUUUGGAGUUAUUGCCAUGGAUUUUCCUGGCAUUGACCUCAUUCAGAGCAUUGUCAAACUCAAUGAUCUAGUAAGCGCUAUAGACCACAUAACAUACAAAUAAAAAAUAAAGCAACACUACCAUGUCGCACAUCCUUGUCUGAUGUAAACUGCUGUGAACUGUGAUAAGGUGGCGGUGGGUUGGAUUAAAUGGUGGAAUUUAUUAAAAUCAUCUU